AUGAUUGACUUUGAGCUCUCGCCUGAGCAAUUGGCAUUGCGGAAUGCCAUCCGAAGCUUUGCUCAGGCCAAUCUCAAGAGCGCACGGUCGGUGUAUGAGCCUCAAGGAGUUCCUUUCACCAAAUGGGAGGACCGAUUUCGCUCGACGCAGCCCAUAUAUGACAACGCAGUAAAGGCCGGCCUGAUCAAGGCUCAGAUUCCAAAAGAGCUUGGGGGAAUGGGAGGCCCUCUGGUAGAGGCCGCUUUGGUUGUCGAGGAAUUCUAUGCCGUUGAAACCAGCGCAUCUCUGACGAUUCUGGGGAGCGGUCUCGGAUUGACACCUUUGAUCAUGGCAGGAACUCCGGAGCAGCAUCAAAGGUUCUUUCAACCAUUUCUUGACGGCACGGGCUCCCCUCUUGCGAGCCUGGUGUUUUCCGAACCUGGAGGGAGUGCAAAUUUUUCAGAACCAGGGGCGCCAGGUCUCGAAACCGUCGCCAAACUACAGGGUGAGGAGUACGUCAUUUCUGGCGAAAAGAUUUGGGCAACUAACUGCUCGGGGUGGGAUGACCGAGGUGCUGAUGUACAAUGUGUUCUGUGCCGAAUUAUUGGCUCUGCCCCUGCCGAAGAUGUCCGGGGUCAGAUUGCCAUCAUCAUUGUGACACGAGACGAUAUUGCGAACAACGAUGCCGGUGCCUAUUCGGUCCUGUCACACCCAGAGACCAUUGGGCAUACCGCGGUGAAUGGACCUCAUAUCCGCUUCCAAGACUUGCGUGUUCCGAAAUCAAACCUGCUGGCUCCUCCAGGAAAAGGCGCAGAUGUGGUGGAGAUGGCAUUUACCGCCUCAGCCGCCCUGGUUGGAGCCAUGGGAGUUGGGAUCAUGCGAAAGGCCUUCGACCAUGUCUUGGCCUGGGCCAAGACAAAUCAUCGUGGCUCCAAGGAAGCUAUGAUUCACAAACAGAGCGUUGCAGAUCUAUUGAUCAAGAUCAAGACUCGUUGUGAGGCCACGCGGGCCUUGGUUUGGAAGGCCGCGCAUUGUUUUGGGCGGACGAAGUUUGGGGCAGAGCUGUGCUAUGAAGCCAAAAUAUUCGGAUCCGAAAGCGCCGUCGACUCAGUGAUGGAUGCUAUCAAUUUGGUCGGUGUUUCAGCGUAUUCUCGCGGUCAACCAUUAGGUGACUUGCUCAAUGAUGCGAUAGUAUUGCCCAUCUUUGAUGGAGGAAACGUUGGGGUACGGAGAAGACAAAUCGAGGCGAUCUUUGCUAGCGAGUCCUAUGAUGCAUGGGAGACGACAUUUGGGCCAGAAACAUGA